AUGUCGUGCAGGGGUUUAUGCCUCAGCAGCACAAGCAUCCUGGGUGCGCUGGCGGUGCGGUCACUGGACGAGCUGCAGGCGCUGCUGGGUGACGACGCGGGUGAGGCUCUGUCUGACCUGCAGCGGCUGUGGGCCCUGGCCCGGGGCUACGGCUACGAGGAGUGGCUGCUGUUCGACGCGUCGGUGGUGCGGGGGCUGGCGUACUACACCGGCAUCGUGUUUGAGGGCUUCGACCGCGCCGGGCAGCUGCGCGCCAUCUGCGGCGGCGGGCGCUACGACAAGCUGCUGGGCACCUUUGGCGGGGCUGACGCGCCGUGCGCCGGGUUUGGGUUUGGCGAUGCUGUGAUAGUGGAGCUUCUCAAGGACAAGGGCCUGCUGCCAGCCACGGGGCACAAGGUCGACGACGUGGUGCUUGUGCUGGAUGAGGAGCUCCGCCCCGCAGCCUGCGGCCUGGCAGCCUCCCUCCGCGCCGCCGGCCGCUCCGUCGACAUACAGCUGGAGCCCAAAAAGAAGGUCAAGGCCGCCAUCAAGGCCGCCGAGCGCGCCGGCGCGGCCCGCCUGCUGAUCGUGGGCGGGGACGAGUGGGCGCGGGGCGCGGUGGCGGUGCGGGACCUGGCGGCCUUUGAGCAGCGGGAGGUGGCGGUGGAGGAGCUGCUGGCUGGGGGCGGGAGCGGCGGCGGCGCUGGGGGGGCGGCGGCGGCGGAGGCUGCGACCUGA